UCUGGGACUGCCACCCUGCAGCGCUGCUUGUAAUAAACCUUCUAAGGAAAGAGAAAUUGUGUCUUGAGAGUCUGUGACCACCACUCAGCGAACCACAGGGACCCGUGGUUUCGGGUCCCACCACAAUUUGGCGACGAGGACGGAUGAGUGGUACACUGGAAAGCCCCUGCUUCAUGGAGAUGUGACAUAGGAAAUCCUCCAACGUGCACACGGAUAAGGUGCUAUGAGCCUCUGUCGUUCUUGCUGCAAUGGACUACCCCUCUGGAAAUUGCUGAAAUGAAGGCACCUUUGGGUACCCAGGAUGGAUUUGUGUGUGGAAGUCGAAUGGGUCGCAGCAGUCACAUUUGCUGCAGGAGCAGCAGCUGUUGGGUAUCUGGCUUACAAAAAAUUUCUCAGCAAGGACAAAUGCUGUAAUGGCAUGGUAAACCUCCAUAUUCAGAAAGAUAAUCCAAAAGUAGUUCAUGCAUUUGAUAUGGAAGAUUUGGGGGAAAAAGCUGUGUACUGCCGGUGUUGGAAGUCUAAGAAGUUUCCAUUAUGUGAUGGAUCUCACACAAAGCAUAAUGAUGAAACGGGAGACAACGUGGGACCUCUGAUCAUCAAGAGAAAAGAUGCAUAAGCACCGGAUGGUUUGGACACCGUGAGAAUGACCUUGUUGCAGUACUUUCUGCUCACCUGUAACUGGUGUAAUAUAGGAAUCUUAAGUCAUUUCACUGAAGAUUUUUAGAUGUCAUCUACAGUACACUGCAGCACAUGUAAUUCAUGUUUGCCUUGCUUAAAACACUACAGUGUAUAUGUUAGGAAUGAAUACUUGUGACUUACUGAUUUAUUUUUUGUCCUGUAAAGUGUACAUUCUUAAUAAGUGUAAAAAAGAGAAAACCCUUUAGAAUGUACUCUGAUGUAUUGGAGAUGAUACAUUAAAUUAUUUUCAAAUACAC